AUGGGGGAGAGAUGGAGACUCUGUGUGCUGAUAGUCGCCAGUCUCUGGUGCAGGAGCUGAAGCAAUACACUGAGCGAUGUGAGAGCCGGCUGAACGAUCUGCUACGGGAACUGGGCUGGGAGCAGAGCUGUCCUGGAGAGGAGCAGGAGAUGGCGAUCUGUCCCUAUGACUGUAAUCACAGGAUGCCUAAAUCUUUUCUGGAAAAGCAUGUCAGUGUAUGCAGACUACGAAAGCUGGGCUACAGUAAAGAAGAGCAGACAGAAGCAUAUGAACCCAAGUUUUUUUAUGAAAAAUCAAGCAAACCUUGCAUUGUUCUGGAUAAAGCUAAACAGUUCGAGAUCAUCAAACAAGCUGAGGCUGCAGCACCUAAUACAAGUGAAGGUGGUUUAUGGGACAAAAGUGUAUAUUCAUCUUCACCUGCUGAAGUUCCUUUCAAUCACAAGUAUGCAAUCUGCGAUUUAACGUCUGCCGAUCGCCUUGCCAUCUAUGACUAUAUCAUACAAAAGACAAAGCUGGAUAGAUCUGGUUCUGAGAUGAAUGAAACAGAUUUGUUUGAGGAUUUAACUGCCAAGAUCAAACAAGAUGACGACCAGAAGUGUCCAAAGUCCCAUCUUGAAAUUAUGGCAGAAAUGAGGGACUACAAAAGGAGAAGACAAUCUUACAGGGCAAAGAAUGUUCACAUAACAAAGAAAUCCUACACAGAGAUAAUACGUGAUGUCAUCAAUGUACAUAUGGAAGAGCUGAACAGCAGUUGGCGUGAUGAAAUGCAUGAUGAUGCUAGCUCCUCUAUUUCAAGGGAGAAACCAAGAUCUCCAUCUGUUGAGUCCAGGCAGUCAGGAGGAAGUCAAAUGGACAGGCGUCGAUCUGGUCAUAGAAGAGAGCAUGCCAGAAGUCCUCACAAACGGCGAAGCAGAGAAAGAGACAGGGCAUUUAGACCUAAAAAAGACAGGCAAGAUAUUUUUUUUAUUCUUUAA